AUGUCCUCUCCGACCUCUCAGAAACUUUCCCAUCCUCCCAGUUCCAAGGCGAACGCGGCCUCCCCCAAGGUGACCUCGGAAGAUGUUGAACUGGGCCCGGUCCACAAUGGCCAUGCAGAACCCAACAUACCUUUGGAGGAGGAUAUCAUGCAAUGCGCCCGAAUAGGUGCCCUUGAACACAUCCAGAAAAUGGUCCAGUCAGGCAAAUACGACGCCAAAUAUAAGGACGAGGAGGGAAUCACUCCUCUCCACUGGGCUGCUAUCAACAACCAAUAUGCUGUGUGCAAAUACCUUGUCGAGCAAGGGGUGGACGUAAAUGCAAAAGGAGGAGAAUCCAAUGCCACCGCCGUAAUGUGGGCGUCGCAGAGGUGCCAUUUCUAUGUCGUCAACCUUCUGUUGCAGAACGGGGCAGAUCCUCUUUUGACCGAUGGCCAGGGAUACAACAUUCUUCACCUGGCAACUAUUGAUGGGAAUGCGCUGCUAUUGAUCCUUCUGCUGCAACAAAAUAUUCCCGUCGAUAUCCCAGAUCCUCAAGGCCACACUAGUCUGAUGUGGGCAGGAUACAAAGGCUGGCCAGCCUGCGUGGAUCUCCUUCUCAAGUGGGGGGCCAAUGUCAAUGCUACAGACGACAAUGGAUAUACGCCCUUACACUGGGCCUUGGUGAAAGGCUCAAAAGCCUGUUUGGACAAAAUCAUCGAAUAUGGCGCGGACAGAUUCGCAAAGACCAACGAAGGCAAGACGCCAAUGACCUGUGCUGAGGAAAUGAACACAAAACGGACAUACCAUCGCUCAUUAUCUGAUCACGGAUACGACCUUUCCGGCAACGUCAAGACCCUCCCCCUUAAUCUACACACUGUGGUCAGAGACCGCUCGAAAAUGUCCAAAUUCUUCUUUUUGUACCCUUUUUUGAUCAUGAUGGUCGGCCUGUACAUUAUAAGUCACCUCAGCGUCUUCAUUGGAGUUCCGGUUUUUUUGGCUGUCUGCCUGGGAAUGCAGUAUGCUGCGCAACGACUUGCGAUGAUCGGACCACUAGAGUUUCGUGCCAUUCACAAAACACCCUAUUUGGCUGGCAUAUUCGCAGGGACACUCUUCUGGGUAGGAGUCAGCUAUGUGACUUCAGUUCUACCCAUCACAUUCUCGACGAAUCCUCUCACGACUAUCUGUUUCACCGUCUCAUUCGCCACUACGACGUACUUUUACUUCCUGUCAAUGCUUGAAGACCCCGGUUGGAUUCCGAAACUAUCCUCACGGAACCAGCAGCGAAAGGUGAUCGAGGAGCUAUUCUCGCUGUGGAAAUUUGACGAAGACAACUUCUGCGUGCAGUGUAUGAUCCGAAAGCCGCUUCGCUCGAAACACUGCCGCCGGUGUAAUCGAUGUGUCGCAAAGCAAGACCAUCACUGUCCGUGGAUUGACAACUGCGUUGGAAACAACAACAUCCGCCACUUUUACAUCUACAUCCUGAGCAUGGCGAUUGGGAUCGUUCUCUACGUCCGCCUUGUCCUCUCCUACCUUGCUCUACUCCCACCACCCUCCGACGACGCCGUUGCAAAAUGCCAUGUUCUCUCUGCUUCGCUCUGUACUUUCGUGCUCCGUGACCCCUGGACGGUGGCACUCACAUUCUGGACCUGUCUCCAGCUUGUCUGGGUGAUCAUGCUGAUUGUGGUCCAAACGAUUCAGAUCGCGAAGAACCAAACCACGUAUGAAAACAUGAAGCGCCACGACAAAGUGCACGACCACCACCGUCCCUUACUCCCGACCCAUAGCCACCCCAUCACCCAAGGCGCAACUGCAGCCGCCACUUCUCUAAACGACACCGCCGCGUCGUCUUCCCAUCUCCACCCGGCCCCUCGCCGGCCCGAGGGAUGUUUCACGCGGUGGACAAAGAUCCUGGGCCUCGACGCCUUCAUGGUGACCGCGAGCGACGCAUCACACGGCCAUUUACAGUCGCGGAAUUCCAACCCCUUUAGCCGCGGCAUGCUGGGCAAUUGCCAGGAUUUCUGGUGCGAUCCGGCCCCUGUGUUCGGGAGGAGGAAGAACGGAGUGGGUUACCUGGGCGGGGAAGUGGUGGAUUAUGCGCACAUGUACGAGGUGCCGUUGAAGUUGAGGACGAGGGCUGGUCGGGGCAUGCGCUAUGAGAGUGUUGCAGGCGAGGAUGUUGACGAGAUAUGA